AUGCUGAGGAGUUCAGAGCCGGAUAAGGAUUACAUUAACGCCUCUUUCGUCGACGUAAGUACAUACGUGUUGGGAGCAUUAACCCUAUACCGGCCCCAGAUCUAGUUCUUAAUUCUCCUUUUUGGCUGUUUUAUAUUUCGUUCAAAUAAGUUAAGAGAAUUUAGCCUAUAUUUUACAAGUUAUUUGUUUGUAGUUCGAGUCAGUUGUCACUAUCCUUAACCAUACUCAUUCCAUAUCGGUGUUUAUUUGUCCUCCAAAAAUACAUUUUAUGACUGAUUAUCUUGACACUGAAAGCAAUUUUGGAUCUCACAAUAAACGACUCAUGGUGUCUUGACUCAGCGCCCUCAAGUUGACGUUUAAGUUAAUACAAUUUAUCUGUAGUCAGAAUUGCAAGAAAACAAUGUUUAACCUAUAGGCUUGAUACCAAGGAAGACGAAUCAGUUGUCAGUUGGUACUGUGCAGUAGCAAUAAUAAAUUAGAUACUUGCUGCAGUUUUUUUUUUAGCUUUAAGGUCAUCAGUGCAAUGGAAUUUCUUUUUAAUAGGAUUGUCUCUCUCUAUCGUAUUUAUUGCUCUGUGUUCUUUACAAUAAUUUUCUCAAUGGUUACAUAUUUUACUACCUUCAUCAGGACUAUAGUCGACGUGACGCAUACAUUUUGACUCAAGCCCCGUUAAACGAUACUGUUAACGACUUCUGGAGGAUGAUAUCACAGUAUGAUAUCGGCACAAUUGUGAUGUUAAACAGUUUAAAAGAGGAAAAAGAGGUAUACUUUACUCGUUUUAACACCAAACACAGGUUUUAACUUCUUGAUAUUUCUAAAGGAAGCUCUGGAAUCGUGCAUGUGGAAUUCUUUACCUAUGAUCCCUCAGAUCUGGAGUGAGAGUUCUUGCGAUUCUGCAUUUCAUUACUUUUAAAAAGUUCAAUUUUUCGCAUAUUAUCUGAAAUAAAUAUUGGUGUUCUCAUGCGAAGAUAUAUAUUGAAUCCAGCAUUUUGCAUCUCCUGGUAGAGUUAUCCACUAUAUUGGCCAAGUGAAGGGUCUGCCAAGUAUGGAGAUAUCACUUUACAGCUUCUAUCAAAAACGAAUUCGAAGAACAUAACGACGAGGAAGUUCAGCGUUAUAAAUGCGACGGUACGGUGUAAAUCGAACUAAGUAUUAUGAAUAACUAGUUACUUUGGGAGUAAUAUUACGAGCAAGAGGAUCUCCGCAUUUCCUAACAAUUGACGAGGAGCAGAAGGACUUACUAAGCCCAACUUAUGGAUUAAACGUAUGUUAAUCGUCUCAAUGACGUUAUAAGUUGGAAUUAUACGAAAGUUUAGAUAGAGUUAGCUAGCAACAAGCUUUCCUUAAAAUAGUCACUUGCAAUCUGGAUAAAAGCAGCUGGUUACGGAAAAAUGGUGUUUGAAAUGUAACCUCGGUCUUUUUCAAAAUGGAGGCAGCCAUCUGUGAAACCGGCCGCCAUCUUUAAAACUGACCGAGAAACUUCCGGGGACGAGGCUGAUGCGAAAAUUUUUUUUUUUUUUUUUUUUUUUUUUAUGGCGAUCCCAUCCGUGAUGGCACAUGAUCGUGAUAUUUAUGUUGCUUUUUAAUUGCAAUACGUUAGCCUCCCACGAAGACGUCGACUGUACAGCAUAUACAGUACACUGGAUGGGCGAAUGGAGACUCGAACCCAGAUCCCCAAGAAAUGCUCGACCUGUUGACUGUAUUAGAGCAGUCUCAACAACAAUCCGGAGAUGGUGUCAUUGUUUUUCAAUGCAGGUAAACUAAUUUUUUUUUUUUUAUAAAAAAAAAUCAUUUAAUUUUUCCCUCACAAUUUUUAGUGAUUGUUAAAAUAAAGUGAGAAUGCAAAGAUUAGCAAACAAAAAAUUAUUUCUGGUCAAUACUGCGAGUUCAUUGCUUUUGCUUUGCAUUGCGAAUUCUCUCAGUCAUUCAAAGAAAAAAUUUUUUAAAAAAAAUUAAGAGGCGAAACGAAUCGGAACUCGAUCGUUCUCUUUCUUUUGCGUUUAAGUUAGUUGGUAAGUAUUUACGUUACGUGGUCUUGGGCUUCUUGUGAUCUUAUACGUAUUCCAAUGGUUGGUUGUCGUGAGUUACUCUGCGGCUCAAAUAGCAUGUCGGGUGCGAAAUCGAUACCUGCCUCUCAGCUCUACGACUCUUAGGUCUCUGCGUUUUGACCGUAAACUUUGUGUCUGAAAUGGGAUUUAUUGCAAAAAGUAAUCAGGGCGCAUCCUAGUUUCACUUUAGUUAAGAUUUUGUCUAUAGGUUAGGAGCCCAUACCUGCCAGUGCUUAUCCCAGUUCUCAUAAUAUGAGGCGAAUAGAUCUUUGAACUGGGUACCAUUCCCUCUCAGGUGAAGCGCAAUAUUUUACCUUGCUUACAACCUGGGUCUCCUCGGAGCUCUUAUCAUUAUUUUUAUUUUAUCUUUUGGCGUCACUUGUUUUUUAGGGAUGGUGUGGGUCGUAGCGGCUGUGUAGCUACCAUAAUGUCAGUGAUCGAACGAGUCAAGAUUGAACAAACAGUUGAUGUGUUUCAAACCAUUAAACUGAUUCGAGCUAAAAGGCCUGGUGCUGUGAACACCCUGGUAAGUUGCUAAGAAAUGACGAGGGAUACUGGGACUGUGUUCAUCAGCGAAUUAUUUCUUUGCCUCGACUUAAAGCUCUAUCUGCUGUUCGUUUUUCAGGAUCUCUACUUGUUCUGUUACAAGACAAUCCUUGCAUACCUGGAUUCUUUCAACUGUUAUUCAAACUUUGAAGAUUGUUAAAUUGUCAGUAUUUGACAGUUGUCGAUGUUUGCGUACCGCCAGUCAGUCAGUCAGUUAGUGAAUUGAUUAGUUGGUUGGUCUCUCAGACACAAAUAAAUUCGAUAUAACAACAAUCAUGAUAGAUAUGAUGAUCGUAUUGGUAAAUUGGUACUAGUAGCGCGAGUACAAUAGUUAGCUCUUCAAUAUGGUUAGCUUUUUAAUAAAUAUCACGUGCUGAUUUUCUGAAGGGAAAAGCUCUCGAGUUUGUUUACCAAGAAAGUGCUAAUCAGUAGUUGCAGUUAAAUAGCAUAGAAAGGGAACUUAAGUUUUGUGUAACCAUGGUAAUGAUAAUCAAAUGAUCUUUAAAAUUCAUCUCUGACUCCAAGACUAAAAGUUUGAACCAAGAGCAGUUUAUAAUCAGACUGAAAACCAGUAAACAAAGCUUAAUUUGUGGUAAAUCUUUAAAGAUUUACUGUUUAAAUGGGAAUUGUAUUAUAUUCCUUCCAAAUUCUAUAUUUUUUUUCAUUCGAAAAGAGACAAAGAUAAAGUGGUAUUUUAAAAAUUGGUGUUUUUUUAUAGUUGAUAGACAGACCAGUUAGAUAAUAAUACUGUCGAUUACAAAUAAUAUUAUUUGAAUAGCUUUACGAGCUAGUAAAAAAUGAAAUUCAUAAAUCUGUCUUUGUAGACAUUAAGUACAGUACUAAUGCGUUGUCGUUUUACGAGAGUUAAAUGAAAGGCAAAAAACUUAACUGUACACGAGCACUCUUAGCACAAGGUUAACUGUGUUCAAAUGAACUUUUCUCUUCAUUUAAAGCAACGUUGUAAACUAAAGGUACAUCAGUUAUCCCGUUGAUAGUAAAGGUUAUACAGACACGUAACACUGAGAAGCCGUUUGGUUGGUGUCGUUCUUCAUCAUUAUAUGGAGAUAACACGGAGGAAAAACUCUCUGACAGGCUUGUAUAGAAUCUUAUUCUGACCAGAAUUUAUUGAUUUAUUCGAUUGGUUAUUUAGUUUACAUCCAUCUAGUUUGUGCAUGUCUUGCUCACCGAAAAAGUUUGAUCGUUGCAAAUAUUAAAACGGAGCUUCAGGUAACGGUUUCGCGUAGGGUGGUCAAUUUAUAUGUAUAGGUAAUCACAUGAUUUCGAGUGUAGUUUGGA